AUGCGGUCGUCGGCCGCCAAAGGUGUCGCCAGGCCGCCACCGCCGUCGGCGCAGCAACCGACGCCUGGUGGUGUGCCGGGGACGGCGCUCUCCCCCUUCGGCCCCAACGGCCCGGACAUUACCCAAGUAAUGCGCUACCUUCCCACCAUCAUGAAGGCCGCAAGUCAGAUUCCUGGUAUCCUUGUCGGGUUCCUCGUGACAGUGCUGUACAUGCUCGUGGUGGUGAGCCGAAAAGGCUUCACCGAGACGGUGUCGCCGGUCGCCGGCUUCCAUAUUUUCGUUUUUUUCCUGCUUCGUGAGCUAAUCGAGCCGUGGCAACAAGGACAGGCGCGCGCGGGCGUGGCACGUGCGCGCGAGGCACAGCGGCGCUCCUUCACGACGGACAUCGCGAUGCAAUAUCGUGAGAAGCUCGACUGA